UUUUUUUCUUCUUUUGAGCUUCAGGCCAAGGGAAACCUCUGCACUUUAUUACAUCCAUAAUAUUAUGACAAGUAUAAUAAGCAUUUUCCAUGACUUCUUCAUUGAAAAUAUCCAUAGUAAAUUUUGUUCUUCCUCCACUCCUUCUUGAUUUUUUUGCUUCUUUAUUUUUUCCAUUGUUGUUAUUUUUACCGUUUUUAUUAUUUUUCAUUUUUUUUAAAUUUUUGCUAUAAUUUUUGGCCAUUUUCUUUUUAUUCUUUCCUCGCAUUUUUUAUAUGUUCUCAAAAUAAAAAAUUCAAUAAUAAAAAAAAAUAUUAAACUUUUAUAUCAUCACAUCUAUAUGAAAAUCGUUACUAAGUACAUGGUUAUUUCAAUAGUGGUUUCUAAGGAACUUAUAUUGAUUAUAUUAAUGAUUUUAAUUUUCUUACAAUUGUAUAUUUUAAAAUAUAGAAAAAAGAAUAUGUUUAAUAAUCAUAUAAUAUCAUAUAAUUUAAUUCAUAAAUCUAAUUAAUGUUUGAAUUUUUUUUUCUCAAUUAUGAAGGAGCACUCAUUUCAAAGUAUCACAUAUUCGUUUAUUAAUUUACUUAUUUUUCAGAGAGAACAUUAUAUAUCAUACACAAACAAUAUUUUUAUCUAUAUAAUACUCUUGAACAAUUUAAUUAUUUUUUAUUAUAAUGCACGAAAACAAAAAGAAUAUAUGAAUAACAAAUAUGAUGCGAUUUUUAAAACUACGAUGCGAUUUUUAAAACUACGAUACGAUAAUCAUAUUUUUAAAUAUCGAACCAUGAAAUAGAUAUCGUUUCCACAUCGAUUAAUUAUCGAAAUAUCGAUAAUUAUUAGUAGAUCGAAGUGAACGAUCUUGAUUUUAUCUCAGUAGUGUUUUAUAUUUUUAUAGAAAUUCCAAAUAAAAUAAUAGGUCAGUAACAUGAUAUUUCUUGAUUUCUUUUAUAAUAUAAAAUAAAAUAUUCAUAAUAUAAAGUAAAAUAUUCAUAAUCUUGAAAAAGAUAUUUGAUUUUUAAACGAGGAUAAAAUUUCGAUUAUUUUGCUAUAAGAAAGAAAUAUAUGAAUAUUUUUAUAUACAUAUGAAAUUUUUACAUACAUAAUAUAAAUUGCGUUUAUCAUAAUAAUGUAAAAAAUAAAAAAAAAUUAAAAUUUAAUUAUUAUAUUUGUGAAAACAUACGUUCAAUAUUAUUAUUUCAUUUUAUGCUAUAUUAUAAUAUUUUAAAGUAGAAAUUAUAGAAUAAGAUAAAUUCAUAAUAUUUAAUCAUUAUAAGGUUUAUUUUGUUAAUUAAUAUGUCUAAUUUAAACAUAUAUCGUAUAAAUUUUAUUAAUGAAUAAAACAAAAAUAAUCAAUUUAUAGAAAAAUUAUAAUGAUUAAUAUAAAUUUCCUUAUCAUUAAAUGUAUCAUGUUAAAUGUUAUUAAAUAUAUUAGUCUUAAUUUUGAAGUAUUUUUAUAAAAUACUAAUAUGAUGUUCCAUUCAAUAAAUUGAUAUCGAAAUCUAUUCAAGCAUUAAUUUCAGAAAAGAGAACUAAAAUUAAUUUUGGAAUUGCAUUUUUAAUAUAGCUAAAGAAAUUACUAUGCAUUUACGGUUAACUCGGCCAUACUGUAGAACUAAUAGAAGAAAUGGAGGAAAGAAAAGUAGUCCGAUAAUGUUAGCGGAAUAGCAAAAUACGAUUCACGAACUAAAAUUUAUGACAUUAGAUAUACCGCUUUCUGACUAUUUAUACUUAAGACAGCAUCUGAAAAUUUCAACUCUGUUGCUCUGUCUGAUUUGAUUUAACAUAGUCUAUAUGCGAAUUGAAGUUUCAAUUGACACGGACAGAUGGAGGUUUCGCAAACUUAACUAUUGAUAGGCACGCGCAAAUCAACCGUCAAGAAGUGCCGGUAAAACAAACGCGAAAUAGUCGGAUACAAUCCUUGAUACGAGUAUCACGUUGUUGAGCAUCGUCAACGCAACAGCAGCCGUUCCUUCAUAACCCUCCAGCAUAUAUUGCUGAGUGUGGAACAAUCAGUUCAAGCGUUCCUUUUCAUACGUCGAUACCUGUACGAUAACAGGAAAUAUAAUUUUUGUGGCGUAACAAAGCAAAAGAAUAACAUGUCCACGGCAUUGUUAGCCGUGUUUGCCGUAAUCCUAUGUAUCCUGUUUAGGAUAUUAAACGUAAACAGUGCACCGCAAAAACCAUUGGUCAUCUGUCAAGAUCAAUCAUUUCUUACGACGAUCCUUAAAAUUGCACCUGUUAUCACAGAACCAUAUAAACCAACAAGAUUAUGGGGUUUCAGUGGCCAUGUACAAACCAUUGUUCACAGUAUUAUUGGACGCGUACGUUGCCCUUGGCCGAUUGGAGAACGAGUAUAUAUCGGACUUGCGGAUGAAACUACACUCACCUACGAUCUUUAUCAACCAUUGAGCAAUGAUUACGAAGAUGAUAUAACAAUUGCUAUCUGCCCUGGGAUCUGCAAUAGUUCCGAAAGUGUUUAUAUCAGAACUUUCGUGCACUUUGCACAAUGCCAUGGAUAUCGAUGUGCAGUACUUAAUCAUGUUGGAGUUCUUUCCAGUGUAAAAGUCACCGCUCCAAGAAUUUUUACCUAUGGACACACUGAUGAUUAUCAUAUGAUGCUACAGAGUUUGAUAGAAAAACAUUCAAAUACAAGAAUAAUUUGCAUUGGCUUUAGCUUGGGUGGUAAUCUUGUAACUAAGUACUUAGGAGAACGAGGAUCAAAUAAAUUAUCCAAUAUAAUUGGCGGCAUAUCUAUUUGUCAAGGAUAUAAUGCUAUCGAAGGUACGAAGUUCCUACUUAACUGGCAAAACUUUCGACGUUUCUAUCUGUAUAUAAUGACUGAAUCGGUAAAGAAUAUUAUACUUAAACAUAAAAAUAUAUUAUUAUCUGAAGAAAUUAAACAAAGAUGUAAUUUAAACGAAUGGGAUAUUAUUUCUGCUGCAACUUUACCAGAACUUGAUGAAGCUUAUACUAGAAAGGUCCACAACUUUAGAUCUGUAAAGGAAAUGUAUAAAUGGAGUAGUUCUUUGUUCUAUUUGGAUAACAUUGCAACACCUAUGGUAUUUAUUAACGCGUUAGAUGAUCCUAUUGUACCUGAUAAAUUAUUGGAACCUAUUAAGGAAUAUGCCAAAAAUCAUUCAAAUACAUUAUAUGUAGAACUUGCUCAUGGCGGACAUUUGGGAUUUUAUGAAGGUGGUCUUUUAUAUCCAAACCCCAUAACAUGGCUGGACCGUACAUUAGUAUCUCUCAUAGGAUCUCUCACACUAGCACACGCAGAUAAAUCACUGAAAACUUCUUAACGUAAUUUAAUAAUAAUCACUAUCAUCAUUAUCUUGUGAAUAAUGCAUUUUUAGCCGUCAAUCGGCAUCAUUUACAAUCUUGUUUAAAGAUUUUAUAUUCGAACUUGAUUCGAGCCUUAAGGAAUUAUAAUAACUAAAUAUUAAACAUAAAAAAUCUGAUGUAUUUCAAGAUUUUUGAAAUCGCUACAAUUGCAAAUUCAAACAAGCGAUUGAGUUUAAAUAGUAUAUUAUAUUUCUUAAGACUGUUUUAAAAAUACUUUUUGAUUGGAAAGAAUUAUUAACAAAAUUUUUAAAACGAUAGCACAACAUUUUGAUGACAAUUUAUAUUUUUUCGAUGUCCUGAUCAUUGACGCUUCAUACUCAGGGAUCUUUGAUAAGGUGGUUUGAUGAAAAGAUAUUAUCAAAAAAUCGUAUGCUAAUGAUAGUUGAUUAUAGAAUCACGUUAGAAAGAUGAAAGUUCGAUUAAUGCAAAAAAUAUCCCUCUUUAUACUUCAAUUUAAAUUCUUAAAAGUUGUAAAAACUGACGAAUUUUUUCUUUUCCCUUUUUUUUAUUUUCUUAUAAAGCUUAAAAUUAAAAAUUUUAUCAAAGAUACUGAGCGCGAUAUUUAUAAAAUAUGCAUAAUAAAGAUAACUCUGACCUCUUAAUAAUAGAACUUUCAAUUAAUAAAAUAUAGAAUGUUUCAUGUAAUUUACACAUCUGAAAUAUUUUCAUUAGUAUUAACGAUAAAAAGAAAUGCUUUAUAAGAAUUAAAAUUUGUUUGAAACAUUUUUUUAUAUCGUUAAUAUCAACAUAAAUAUGGAAGAUAAAUAAUUUAAAUGAAAUGUUCUAUAUAUUACGAUUAAAAAUAUUAUAAGUGCGUGGAACAGAGUGAAUAUAAUAAUUAAAUAAUAAAUUGAUAUACAAAGGAUUUAAUGUAAGAAUAUAAAACUGCAAGUUAUCCGAUUGGUCAAGAAAACUUAUGUUUACAUAUCCGCUUUCAAUGAUAUGGGACAGAUAUUAAUUUAUUACUUAUAUACUUAUAGAUUAUUAAUAAACUUCAUUAAUAAGAAUAUUUACGUCAAAAAAUAUCUUUCUAUAAUAAUAUUGUUUAGAAAAUAGUUGUUUAGUUAUAAAAUAAGACGUUCGUGAUUUUUUUUUCUUCAGAAUUUAUGCAAUAUAUAUUUUCAUGUUAAUGAAGUUUAUAUAACUUCUAUAUUAUAUAUUGCAUUUAAAACUGAUAAAAAACAUGGCUUUUAUUAAAUUAAAAUAUUAAUAUUUUUUUUUUUUUGUUAAUUGAUUUAUAUUACAUUAAGUCAAGUUAUAUCAUAGUUAUAUGAUGAUUUAUAAGUAAUUAUAUUAUAUAUAUAUAUAUAUAUAUAUAUAGAAACGUAUAUAAAAUUGCUAACAUUUUCGAAAUAUAAAACAAAAAAUAUUAAUUUUAUUUUUUAAUAUCUAUGACGAAAAAAUAUUGGUCCAAAUAUUCUUCAUAAACAUAUAUGUUAGAAAUAAUAAUAAAAUAUUAUAAAUAAUCAUCGAAAUAUCGGGCUGAAACAAUUUGAACACGUAAUAUAAUUUUUUAUAAAUAUCAUUUAUGAACAUCUUUAUAAAGUAAUACAAUAAGACAAUAAUGUUACUGAUGCACACACGUUUGUGCAUUGAAGUACUAGGUACGAUUACUUAAAUAGUUUAAUUAAAAUCUUAAAUUUUAAGUUAUUUAUUUCUAGAUAGAAAUUCAUCGUGGGUGCAACAGAUAGUUAUUAGAUUUCUAAUAAUGAUUAUUUUAUUAUCAUCGAUAUAUUUUGGAAUUAUAUAUUAUCAUUGUACAUAUUAGUACCAAUGAAAUUACGAAAAUAAUGAAAAUUUAUAUAUGUAGUUGAACGGAUAUUUAUAACAUAUGAUAUAACAAGCUAAUGGGAUUAAACAAAUUGUCGGAAAUGAUUGCAAAAUUGAUUAAUAUGCGUGUACAUUAAUUUUGCAAAAUUUCGACAAUUUUAUUGAUAAUAUUUUAUUUGCAAUACCAUCAUGAUUUUAACAAAUGCUUAUUUACGUAACAUGUUAUUGUCAUAUUAUUGAAAAACAAAUAACUUCUUAUAGUGAAAGGCUGAUAAAUAUUACACACAUUUUAAAAUGUGAUUAAUAAAUGAAUAUUUAUUAUAAAUCUAAGGUGCUUACACAAAAAGUGCCUUAAAUUAUGUUCUGCUAUUAUUCACUAGAAAUCUAACAUAGUGAAACUUUCUCUUCGGCCAUCAUAUUACAAUAAUUUUUAAUAGAUCCCUAUAUAAAAAAAAGAAUAUUUUUUUGUUUAAAUUUAUUUAAUGUUAUAAAUUAAUAAAAUAACAAGAAAGGAAAUUUUAAAUCUUAUUAAAAUAAUUUUGCGAGCAUUCUAUAUUUUUUUUUCUCGACAAUUUAAACAUUUCCAAUCAAUCGAUUAUAAUUUGUAACAAAAUAAGAUGUCUGCACUGAAAAUAAAUUUUUUCCACGGAUGGGUGUAUAUCUUAUAAUUUGUAUAUUUUUAUAACGAAAUUAUGAACUUUUUAUUAUCAUUUCAUUGUAAUUUUGAAGAUAUUGAAUUGAAAAUUUUGUCAUUUAUGUAAAGUAUAGUAAAAUGUAAGUAUAGAUACAAACAAUAAUUAACUUCUUAGAUAUAUAUUUAUAUACAUAUAUUGUACAUGUAUAUUGAACAAUAUUUGCACAUAAAAAUAUUCUUUAUGGGAUAUUUACAAUGAAAAUAGAAAUAAUGACGUACAAUGAUGAACAAAAACUUAAUUUUAACUUAAUGCUUAAUUGGAUCAAUUUUUGGUGACUUUUUGAUCAAGCCAGUGUAAAUCUUAUAUGUCCUAUUAUAAUUAAUUUUUUUCUGAAGAUAAUAUUUAAAAUAUUAUCAAAAAUCAUAAUUAUAAAGAAAAAGAUAUAUAGUUUAAGAUGCAAAAAAAAAGGAUAUAUGAUUUUAUAACAAAUUUUUUUAAAAAUUUCUGUUUUAUGAAAAUUUCAAAUAGCUUGAACGGAAAGUUUACCGUGGAGCGUAUGCGCAUAUCAGUUAAAAUAUUAUUUAUUUUAUAUUUUUAUAUAAGAUAUAAAAAAAAUAUGGAGUGCUAUACAAUAUUUUUUUUUAAAAACUACGAAACAAUUAUAUUAACAUUAUUUAAUACAAAUUUUUUUUCAGUUUUAAUAUUUAUUUUAUAAAGCAUUAAUAAUGAUUUCAAUAUAUUUUUGUGUAAUUACAUUUUCACAAUAUUCUAAUGAAAUAUUAUAAUUAAUAAAUAAUAAAAGAAUAAUAAAUAUA